AUGUCGCGGAGGCUGCUGCCCCGGGCGGAGAAGCGGCGUCGGCGGCUGGAGCAGAGGCAGCAGCCGGAGGAGCAGCGGAGGCGACCGGGAGCGAUGGUGAAGAUGGCGGCGGCGGGCGGCGGAGGCGGCGGAGGCCGCUAUUACGGCGGCGGCAGUGAGGGCGGCCGGGCCCCGAAGCGGCUCAAGACUGACAACGCCGGCGACCAGCACGGAGGCGGUGGCGGCGGUGGUGGAGGAGCCGGGGCGGCGGGCGGCGGCGGCGGGGAGAACUACGAUGACCCACACAAAACCCCUGCCUCCCCAGUUGUCCACAUCAGGGGCCUGAUUGACGGUGUGGUGGAAGCUGACCUUGUGGAGGCCUUGCAGGAGUUUGGACCCAUCAGCUAUGUGGUGGUAAUGCCUAAAAAAAGACAAGCGUUGGUGGAGUUUGAAGAUGUGUUGGGGGCUUGCAACGCUGUGAACUAUGCGGCCGACAACCAAAUCUACAUUGCUGGUCACCCAGCCUUUGUAAAUUACUCCACCAGCCAGAAGAUCUCCCGCCCAGGAGACUCUGAUGAUUCCCGAAGCGUCAACAGUGUGCUUCUCUUUACCAUUCUUAACCCCAUCUAUUCCAUUACCACGGAUGUUCUUUACACUAUUUGUAACCCUUGUGGCCCUGUCCAGAGAAUUGUCAUUUUCCGGAAGAAUGGAGUCCAAGCCAUGGUGGAAUUUGAUUCUGUGCAGAGUGCCCAGCGGGCCAAGGCCUCACUCAAUGGGGCUGAUAUAUACUCUGGCUGUUGCACUCUGAAGAUCGAAUAUGCAAAGCCUACACGCUUGAACGUGUUCAAGAAUGAUCAAGAUACUUGGGACUAUACAAACCCCAACCUCAGUGGACAAGGUGACCCUGGCAGCAACCCUAACAAACGCCAGAGGCAGCCCCCUCUCCUGGGAGAUCACCCCGCAGAAUAUGGUGAGGGCAGGGGGUUCCCCUCCGUGGACUCCCGUGGCUCAUGUGCCCCUGCCCGACGCCCGCCACGCAAAUUCUCACCCGCCCUCCCUCUCUUUCCUUCCCACCCCCCAGGAGGGCCCCACGGUGGGUACCACAGCCAUUACCAUGAUGAGGGCUACGGUCCCCCCCCACCUCACUACGAAGGGAGAAGGAUGGGCCCACCAGUGGGGGGUCACCGCCGGGGCCCAAGUCGCUACGGUCCCCAAUAUGGGCACCCCCCACCCCCUCCCCCACCACCCGAGUACGGCCCUCACGCCGAAAGCCCUGUGCUCAUGGUCUAUGGCUUGGAUCAGUCUAAGAUGAACUGUGACCGAGUCUUCAAUGUCUUCUGCUUGUACGGCAAUGUGGAGAAGGUGAAAUUCAUGAAAAGUAAGCCGGGGGCUGCCAUGGUGGAGAUGGCUGAUGGCUAUGCUGUGGACCGAGCCAUUACUCACCUCAACAACAACUUCAUGUUUGGACAGAAGCUGAAAGUCUGUGUCUCUAAGCAACCUGCCAUCAUGCCUGGUCAGUCAUAUGGGCUGGAAGACGGGUCCUCCAGUUACAAAGACUUCAGUGAAUCAAGGAACAAUCGGUUCUCCACUCCGGAGCAGGCAGCCAAGAACCGCAUCCAGCACCCUAGCAAUGUGCUCCACUUCUUCAAUGCCCCUCUGGAGGUGACAGAGGAGAACUUCUUUGAGAUUUGUGAUGAGCUGGGAGUGAAGCGGCCAUCUUCUGUGAAAGUAUUCUCAGGCAAAAGUGAACGCAGCUCCUCCGGGCUGCUGGAAUGGGAAUCCAAGAGUGAUGCCCUGGAGACUUUGGGCUUCCUGAACCAUUACCAGAUGAAAAACCCAAAUGGUCCGUACCCUUAUACCCUGAAAUUGUGUUUCUCCACUGCUCAGCACGCCUCGUAAUUAGGUGCCGAGGAAGAGUCCUAUCUGAGCAGGAAAUAAUUUCUUUCGUUUUUUUGUUUUUUUGUUUUUGUUUUUUUCCCCACAAAAGUUCCUAUAUUCCUUUUAUCUCUUUUUUUUAAAAUGCUAGGUUAGAGGCUUAACCAUAAUGGAAACGAUGGAAGGGGAGGGGAAGGGAAUUGAUAUCUCCCAAGAUUAACCUUCACUUUUAAGAAAUUAUUGUACAUGUGAUUUUUUUCCCCCGUUCAUACAUUCGUGCUGCCUAUGUACUCUUGGCACAUUUCAAUAAAAUUGUUUGGAAAAUUAA